CUCUUAUCACGACGAGGCUAGAAAAAGCUGUAAAGCAAUCAGAAAUCUGGGAAGGCAGUACAUCCAGAAACGCAGAAACGAAUCUUGGGAUGGUCUCAACUCUCAAGCGCAGAAGACCAGAAAGGAAGAAGGCUAGAAAAGCUGAAAGACAAAAAAAUCUGUAUUUAGAAUUUCCCUUCCCCAUAGACGAAAAGAAAUCCAUCUCGUCAUUUAGAAAACCUAUCUUCAUCUUUCUAGUUUAAACAUUCCUCGCUGCAUCCAUUCGAUCGGGUUGGUGGAAGGUGGAAAACUGAGGAUGGAAGAACACGAUCUUGAUGCCAUGGCAUCUGGGUAGUUUUUUCUUAAAUACUAAUUGUCUGGUUUUCACAAUCUCGGCCAUCCACAGGAAGCUCCAAUUACGUUGUGCUUUUUACAUUAUUUCAUUUACUUUAUGUAUUAAACUACAUAUGUAUCAAAAUGCAAUAGUGAAAAUACGUAAACUAAUGAACAUGCACUAGAUGGAUAAAAUUUGUAUAUACAAACAAGACCGAUCAAAUUUGUAUAUAUAAACAAAAGUGUAACAAUUGCAACGUCCAAUCAUCAUCCAGUAUUAUGAAAUAAAUCUGCCGCCAAAUUUAAUAACAUGCAGCGGCAAUAAAAUCUACUAAAAAUAUAAAGCCUCUAAGGAAGUUAGAUGGUUGUUUUUCCGUGUGUACGGUGCCCGCAUUUGACCUCCCGUCUGUUAUCUCUGUCUGAUAGCGUGGUCUACUGCUCUUCUCACAUUCUUUCUCCUCAGUUUAAUCUACCUAUCUCAUCUCCUCAUUUAUAAUCAUAAGCUAGGGUUCACACAGCCCAUCGUCGAUCUGUAGAAAUCUUCUGUCGAAGGAGCCGCUCUCUAUGUCCAUCUGCAGAAAUAUUCCGUCGAAGGAGCCGCUCUCUAUGUCCAUCUGCAGAAAUAUUCCGUCGAAGGAGCCGUUGAGUGCCCGGCCAAACCCCCAAGGCUGGAAGGCCCCAAACCCCCAACUACCAAGACCGAUCACUAGCGAAGCGGCGAUAGUGAAACCGUGCGAGACAGAAAAUCGGAAGACGCUGCUCGGUCUGAUUUAUUGCUUUCUCCGUGGCCCUGUUCUUCCUCUGUUGUUUUUGCAAUCCGGCCUUCCAGACUUCCAGAAAUCCAACGUUGCAGGUAUGUUCUGUGAUCGAUGCAGCUGAACUAUGUAGAUAUACACAUCCAGACAGGGAAUUUGUUGAGGAGGCAAGCAAAGCAUCUUCAAGACUUAAUGACUUUUUACUCUUCAUUGACUGUGAAUCAAGUGAAGGGUGAAGAUGUUGUUUGUGUGGUAAAGAACUCAGCAGCUUUGACUGGAUUGUUAUUCACUCUACAUGUUUCUCAAGUCCUUAUUGAUCUCCCUACUCUUUCUGACAAAGAUAAAGAGGUGGAUCAAGUAAAGGGUGCAGAUGUUGUUUGUGUGGUAAAGAACUCAGCAGCUUUGACUGGAUCGUUAUUCACUCUACAUGUUUCUCAAGUCCUUAUUGAUCUCCCUACUCUUUCUGACAAAGAUAAAGAGGUAUAUCGGUACCCGAGACAGACUGCCCCAACAAGUUUCUGAAAUGUUACAGGAGUCAUAUUCACCAUUGUCAUAUUCACCAUUGUCUGCAUCAGGUGAGGAUUUUAUUUGAAGGAGUUGAGGACUUUUGGACCGAUUGUGGGCUUUUACUUUUCUAAGAAACUGCUGUAAAAUUAAAAGUGAGCCAAAUAAUUUUAAAGAAAUUGGCUCGUGCCCACCAAACAAAGAAAAAAGAGGAUUACUCAACGGCACCCACAAUCUAUUUAGAAGAAAAAAGGGAAAACUGUCAAUUACACCCUCGUACUAUGGGCGAACCCUCAAUUGAGCCCUCCUACUUUGAUAACCUUCAAUUGAAUCCGCCAAGUCUCCAAAAUCAAUCAAUUAGGUCUACAUUACCGGUUGGUUCCCGGUUUGCCCGUUGCUUGCCUUCCUGGCGCUGAUGUGGACUUUGCCUAUCGGUCUUUCAGUGCUGACUCACUUAAAUCAUUUUACUUCCACUAUCCACAUCGUGCCCUAACCUUCAUUGACGACCUUAAUUCGAAGCUCUGCGAGAAGAUAAGCAACAUAGCACUCCUCGACGUUGGUCAUCCACUUCUCACCGUCCACGUGAAGAAGACAAACGCCAGCAUGUUUGACAAGGUUGAACUAAUCAUUCACCAUGGAGGAAAUUUGAAGUCUAUUCCUGAGAUAAUAUACGUAGGUGGUGCAGUUGAUGUCUUACCAAUUGACCCAGAUUUGAUUUGCUAUCCUCAUUUAAUGAAGUGCCUAAAAAUGGGUAGUUAUGGUAACAUUAAUGCUCUGUAUUACAAAAAAUGAAGGCAAAGUAUGAAAUCUUUAAGACACUUGUCUGAUGAUAAGUCAACCCUUCAUCUCAUACAGCAGGCUACUAGUUGUGGACAGUGUGACAUAUUUGUGGAACAUGGCUUAGAUGAGGUGGAAUUGGUUGAACUUCUGCCUGCACCUGAAGCAUCUCAACCUGAAGUUGAUGUGACUAGAGUGGAGGGCCCAAGCAAAGAGGCUGUUGCUGAACAUGAGGGUGUUCAUAUACAUACACAUGAAGUCGAAGAGAGUGGAGGCCACAUUGAUGGUACAAACAAAGACCAUGUUCCUGAAGAUGAGCUUGGAGCAAGUGAACAUCAACAAACAGGUGCCCAUAUUCAUGAAGAUGUUGUUGUUGAAGAUGAGGAGUCCAAUGUCAGUUCAGAUGAAUCAUGGAAGGCAGAUGAAGGUCAGACACAUGAAUCAUGGAUGUAAGAAGACUCUGAGGCAGAUGAGUCAUGGAUGGAAGAAGAAUCUGAGACAGAAAAAGCUGCAUCAACUGACCAUCAAGAGAGAGAUGAGGAUGAGGUCAAUGAAGAUAUACUGGGCUCUGAACACAUACCUACGCAACAGGGGGCAAACACGUGUAAUGAUAGUGAGAAUGAGGAGAACAGUACAGAGUAUGAUUCAUCUAAUCCCCGCAGCUACAUGUCUGAGGAUGAGGAUGAUUCUGGGAGGUGUAAAAGGUCAGACAACAGGUAUGCUUCAUUUAAUCCUGAAUCAGAGCCCCCAAGUUUUGAUGUUGGCAUGUUCUUUGAAGAUGGAAAGCAAUUUAAGAAUGCAGUCAUUAAAUAUGCUGUGUUUGAAAAAAGAGAUUUGUAUUUCAAGAAAAAUGAGCUUGAGAGAGUUAGAGUGAAAUGUGGGAAAACUUGCCUUUUUCUUUAACAGCUUCAUGGGUGGAGAGAUUGAAGUGUUUUCAGGUCAAAGUUUUCAAAGAAGGACAUAGCUGCAAUCUGAGGUAUAGGCUGAGAAUAGUGUGCACCAAAUGGGUAGCUGACAUGUAUGAGGAGAAAGUGGUUGAGAAUCCAUCAAUGGGUGCAGUGGAAUUGAAAAAUCUUAUCAAGGCUGAGUAUAAACUCAAUGUGUCUGAAAGCAUGGCCAGCAGAGCUUUGAAAGCUAUUGAAGAGAAAAACCAAACUGCUUUCAAAGACCAAUUCAAAAAGAUCAGGAACUAUGCAGAGGAAUGCCUUCAGUCAAUACCUAAUAGUACAGUUGUCAUCAAAACUGUGAGAGUUGUCCCAGAACAACCAAGUGUAUUCCAACGCAUUUAUGUCUGCUUUGGACCAGUGAAGAAGGGUUUUAUAGAAGGGUGUAGGAAGAUCAUUGGUGUAGAUGGAUGUUUUUUAAAAGGACAAAUGAAGGGAGAGAUAUUGAGUGCUGUAGGUAGAGAUGCAAAUAACCAAAUGUAUCCAAUCGCAUGGGCUGUGGUUGAGAUAGAAAAUACCUCAUCUUGGACUUGGUUCUUGGAGUUGCUGCAUAAUGACUUGGAUGUUACUGCCCCAGAUGAGUGGACCUUCAUCAGUGAUCAACAGAAGGUUAAGUAUCUUCAUAACUGCUUACAUGUUGUCCAUUAAUGUAUAUGAUAUGAACUUUCAUCCUCUAUAUGUUCCGCAUAAGUGGUUAAUAUUUUUUUUGUAGGGCCUGGCUAAUGCAAUUACCAGAGUCUUCCCUAACUCUGAGCACAGGAACUGUGCACGCCAUAUUCAUGGUAAUUGGAGCAAAGCACAUCGAGGGAUGAAUCUGAAGAAGUUGUUUUGGCAGUGUGCGAAGUCAACAUGUGAACCUCAGUUGGAAGCUAAUUUAGCUGAGCUAGAUAAGGCUGAUGCUCAAGCAGGUAUUGACUUACGCAAACACCCAUUCAAGUUAUGGUGUAAAGCUUUCUUUAAGGAUGCAGUGAAGUGUGACACAGUUGAGAACAACCUGUCUGAGGACUUCAAUAGCACACUUCUAAAAGCAAGAUCCAAGCCUUUGAUCCCAAUGCUUGAGUACAUUCGUGUUGCAACAAUGAAAAGGAUAGCCAAGAAGAGAAAAUAUGUUCUGAAAUGGCCAGGUUCAUUUGGUCCAAUAAUAAUGAAGAAGCUGAAUACUAAUAUUCUAGCAAGUCAAGGAUGGAAUGUGGAUUUCAAUGGUGAUGAUGGAUAUGAAAUCAAGAAAGGAAGAGGGCAAUUCAAAGUUAGUCUUAAGAAGAGAUCAUGUUCUUGUAGAAGGUGGGAUCUCAGUGGUAUCCCUUGUGCCCAUGCCAUUUGUGCCAUCUAUGACAAGGGGGAGGAGGCAGAAGCAUACGUUGACCACUGUUACAGUAAGGAGAUGUACCAGAAAACUUACUCCUACACAUUGCAUCCUAUCAAUGGGGAGCUGUUAUGGCCUAGAACCCAACAUGAAGAGAUCUUACCUCCUUUGCCAAAGAAGAUGAGUGGCAGACCCAAAAAGAAGCGUGUAAGGGAACAAAGUGAAGCACGUCCACCCAGUUCUUCACAACUCUCAAGAAAAGGGCGCAUCAUGACUUGCUCAUUGUGCGGAGGAGAAGGCCACAACAAGAAAUCAUGUUCUACUACUGCAGGUACAGUGACUCCAAGUGCAAGAGGCAGACGCCCAAGAGGAGGAAGAGGGAAGAGGGGGGCAAUACAAGCAGAAGGCAAUCAGGGUUUGGUGUGUAUGUCGAUGAAGCUACUGGUGAAACCAUUCUGGAAGUAAGUUCACACCUGACUUGUAUGUUUAAGUCAUUUCAAUUUGUGGCAAUGAUGUUUUCUCAUUUUGCUUUGUAUGUUAUAUGCGGCCUGGCCAACCUGGAGAGACAGUGAUUGGAGAACAAUAGGAGGGAUUGCUUUAUUGAACAUUUAUGGAAGUAGUUUUUUGUCAUUAGGUGGAUGUAAUGAUAAUGUACUAUAUUGGGAUUGCUUUGGUGUAUGGAUGUAGGGCCGAGGUUCAAACUACCUUUUUUGUGUGAUGACCAUUGAUGGGGUCAUUUAUUGCAUUAUUGUAGUUCAACGGGUACUAUGCAUUAUUGCUGAAGAAAGAUUGCUUUUGAACUAUUUCAUGGGGGCACUUCAUUAUUGGCAGUAAUAUAUGUCAGU